CUCCCAUCUCGAACGGCUUCUAAAUUAGAAAUAAACUAACAUACAUUCAAUGAACGCAGAGCAUCAUUUUUGUUUAUUUGUAUAAAUACAACCCCGUCACAUGAUGACAUCACCCAUCCCCUCAUAACAAACACCCCUCUCUCUUUAUACAACCAACACUCUCUCUCAAUCUCACUAUCCGCCAAAAAUAACCCAAGUUACUCACUAACAAACCCACCAACUCAUAACUCUCCAAAACCCAGAGCAACUUUAAGUUGCAAACUAAGCCUCGACCAAACCAAAAUGUCUGACCCCAUCCCCUCCGCAGCCCCCACCGAACCUACAACCUCCACCUCCGCUGAAGACCGCAAAGCCGCCGCCGCGCUGUCCUCGCUCAACACCACCGAAAUCACAUCCGAACCCACUGCGGCCGCGGGCGCAAAACAGCCGUCCUCGGCGGACCAGGAGGCCCUGGGUAAGGCGAUGAGUAGGCUGGAAAUUGCGGCGGGGGGACACCAGAAGGGAUCGGCGAAGGCUGCGGGGAAAAGUGAGGAUGUUGGCGCGGAGGUUGGUAAGAAGAAGGCUGCGCCUGCGGUGAAGAUUGCGGGGGAGGAUGUGAGUUUGUUGGUGAACGAGCUGGAUUUGAGUAAAGUCAAAGCGACGGAGCUUUUGAGGGCGAAUGAGGGGGAUGCAAAGAAGGCUAUUCAAGCUUUCAUCCAGCCUCCUCCUACCUUGUCUGCUGCGGCGGUGUAAUUGGAGGAUGGAGAGACAGAUUGAACUUUGUUUUGGGACUUUAAAGUGGUGCAUUCAAAUUUUGAUGCUAAGAGGUUUGUAUUUGGCAUUUACAUCGGGACUGGAUUAACGGUAAACAAAUAAAUAGAAGUUGUGUAUUGACUCUAUUAGUAAAAGAAAUCUAAACAGGUCUUUUCAU